AUUGAGAAAAAUUCUCCUCUUCUCAUUAUCAUUUGGUUUUUGUGUGGAGUCGUCACUAUCGAGUGCCUCUGGAGUUGCGGCGAGCCAUGUGUCUAGCACUCGGAAUAAAGCGUCAGUUGAUUGCAGCAGUAGCCUGCGCUUUGGCAACGCUAGUGGGAGGUAUGAUAAAUGGCUGGCCGGCUCCCACGUUGAAAAAACUGCGUCAGCCCGGGUCCCCGAUCCACCUGACGACCGAACAGGAGACAUGGCUCGUCACCGCGCUUCACGUCGGGACCCUCCUCAGUCCUUUUCCCGCCGGGUUCAUGAUGAACAAACUCGGUCGCAAGGCCAGUCUCCUUGCUCUCGGGGUCUUGCCCGUCAUCUCCUUUGGCCUCAUCUACCUCAGUACCACUCCCGAGAUGCUCAUACUGGCUCGACUUUUUGCUGGACUCUGGAUCGGAGGGAGUCACACGGUGGUGCCGAUCUACAUCGCCGAGAUCAGUGAGCCGGAGGUGCGGGGGAUCUUGAGCGCGCUGAAUCAGGUCCUGAGUUUCCUGGGCAACAUCCUCAUCUACGCGGUCGGCCCGUACGUGUCCAUCAGGAGCACCGCCGUGUUCUGCGGCGCCGUGGCCGUCAUCUUCCUCGUCCUCUUCGCGUCCUGCCCGGAGUCGCCCUACUUCCACAUCAUGCGCGGGCACCCCGAGCGAGCCGUCACCUCCCUCAUCUGGCUCCGGGGCGGCCCGCCCACCCCCGCCGAGCUGGGCGCCAUCCGAGGGUAUCUCGCCGCCCGAGGCGGCCAUGGAUGGCGGAGGAUCACUGAUCUGCUCACCACCCCGGAGAACCGCAAGGCUUUCGUCAUCGUCGAGGUGCUCAGUGGCUUGGAUCGACUUUCAGGUAUAAGCUGCAUGAAGGCAUUCUCGUCUGUGGUGCUUCCAGCGCACUUGGGUCCGCUGACGUCAGACCACUGCACUCUGAUCGUCUCAUUGGUUUGGAUGGCAUCCUCGAUGGUUUGCACCGCGCUGAUCGACAAGACCGGCCGGAAACCGUUGCUCUACAUCUCCAGUUUCGGCGUGGCCGUCUCCAUGUUCUGGACGGGCAUGUGGUACUUUCUAAGCAGUCAAACGCACAUCGACGUCAGCAGUUUCAGCUGGCUGCCUUUGGCGGGGUUCUUGGUUUACGGGUGUGCUUUCUCGGUCGGCUGGGCGCCGAUCACCCACACCUUCCAGGGAGAGCUGUUUCCCAGCCAUCUCAAGGAGCAGGCGUCGGCGAUGACGACUAUAGUCACGGCUCUCACUGCUUCCUUCAGCACCUUCGUGUUCGGCAUGGUGACGAAGAGGGUCGGGGUUUACGCCAACUUCUUAUGGUUUUCGGUGGUCGGGGUCGUGAAUUUGAUCUUCGUCUACGUCUACGUCAUCGAAACGAAAGGACGAACCCUGGAGGAAAUCCAAGCUGAACUGAAAGGCAAGAAACGCGAGGAGCCGGUGGUCAGAGCCAGCGCAGACUCAAUUUCUUAAAUUAAUUGGAUAAAUAAAUACAGUAAAAAAUGUGCA